CACGAACAUGCACAUGCACAUGCACAUGCACACGAACUACUGAUACAAGCACAAGCACACGGUUUGAUAGACCGGGGCGCAAACAAACGGGAGCAGAGGAGGGAGAAAGAGGGAGGGAGAAGGAGAGACAAAAAAGCGAUGGCAGGUGCCAUAGCUAUGGCGAGUGUCGUUGGCAGAACGACGGGGCUAACCUGCGGCUACCCCUGCAGUCUGGGAGACCUACGCCAGGGGUCGUCAUCAGCCGCAGAAGCUUUGAGUGAGUCGGGACUUUCCGGCUGGGCGAGAACCGCCACGUUCAAACUCCAUUCCACCACCUCCUCCUCCUCCUCCUCCUCCUCCUCCUCCUCCUCCUGUUUUGAUCGGUUACAGAACAAGCAGCGGUGGCAGAGGAGUGUCGUCUGUGCGACAUUGGCGACGACGCCGGAGGGACCCGUCACCGACGCCCCGGCUUCGGUACUCACCGACCCUUCUUCUUUGGUUAAGCUCGGUUCUUCCCCGGUGGUGGUCCCAAAGCUGGGUAUCGGUGCAUGGGCCUGGGGGGACCGCUUCUUCUGGAACGAAGGGCAAUGGGAUGACAGAAAAGUGAAGACGGUAAGACAAGCGUUCGACGCCGGGAUGGACUCCGGGAUUAACUUCUUCGACACGGCCGAGGUGUACGGAACACAGGGCGGGCAAGAAUCAGAGAGGCUUCUUGGAAAGUUCAUCAAGGAGAGGAAGGAGAGAAAGCGCGCCGCGCGCCGAGCUCUUUUGGCCGCCGUCAACGGAAAUUCCGAGGAUCCAAUCAUCGCCGCCAACACCGACGAGGAGGAGGAGGAGGAGAAGGUCGUGAUUGCGACCAAGUUCGCUGCACUUCCUUGGAGGCUCGGCAGAGGGUCGGUAAUGGACGCCGUUAAGGCGUCUCUCUGUCGUCUUGGCGUAGACAAGAUCGACCUCUAUCAGCUUCACUGGCCCGGGAUAUGGCAGAACGAAGCCUAUUGGGAUGGCCUGGCUGACGUGUUCGACGCAGGGUUAGUUCGCGCAGUCGGGGUCUCCAAUUACAAUGCUAGCAGGAUGAGAGCGGUGCACGCCUCCCUGGCAAAGCGCGCCAUUCCCUUGGCUUCCAAUCAGGUCCACUACAACCUUCUAUACCGCAGUCCAGAGACCAGUGGGGUGAAAUCUGCCUGCGACGAGUUGGGGGUUACUCUCAUUGCCUAUUCUCCAAUAGCACAGGGAGUGCUAAGUGGGAAGUAUACACCGGAGCGACCACCAUCGGGACCCCGAGGGCAGAUCUUCAGGCCAGACUACUUGAGAAAAGCAGCCCCUGUGAUCGACAGAUUAAAGAAAUUGGGGGAGGAGUACAACAAGACCCCCACUCAAGUGGCCCUAAACUGGCUGCUGGUACAGGGGAAUGUAGUACCCAUCCCUGGGGCAAAGACGGCAGAACAGGCUAAAGAAUUUGCUGGGGCAGUAGGAUGGGAAAUCACGCCCGAGGAAGCGGAGGAGCUCAGACAGCUUGCUAAGGACGUUCCUCCUUAUACGGGCUUUCCCCUUGAGCGCUGACGAGUAUAUGUAUAUUAUAUAUGUCCAUAUAAAUGUGCGUAUGUAUGUGUAUAUAUAUAUCGUCACAAUAUAUAUCAUCACAAGAAUAUCAGAGCGCAAAAGCGAAAAAAAAGAAAAAAAGAAAGAAAGAAAGAAAAACAAAAAAAAAUGAAUUCUUUUUUUUUAUCUUCUUCCUUAUACAUAACCCUGUAUAGAACCUCUUCCGUACAAGCAGUUCUUCGAUACUAUAGAGAUAGUUAUCUCAGACACCUCCUACCUCAGUUUUACUCAGUACUUAGAUCAGGGUCCCAGGGGAACACCCACUAU